AUGGCCUCUUCAGCAGGCACACCUGCUGGCGCUUCCGCAAUAGCCGGCGCUGCAGCGGCCUCUGGUACGCCCGCCGGCGCCAGCGCCGAAGCUGCGCCAUCCGCUGCUCAAGCCACAUCCAACGCUCCGGCACCUUCCUCCGCCGAGCUCUCCUCUGCGCUCUCGCUGCUCGCGCAGCUCUCCGCACUCCUCGGCAACGACGCCUCUGCGAUGCCAGUCGCCGACGGCCUGGCGCACGUGCUGCCCUCGCUGCUGGCACCCCUCGCUCCUCUGCCCUCGCAAACGGCACCAGGGCUCGUCGCCAUGCCCGUCUCGCUCCCACCGCACGCAGCCGGUCCCAACACGCCCGGCGGCGUCUCUCUCCUCUCGCUGCCGCCAGCUCAAGCAGCGCUUCUGGCGCGCCGAGCAGCAUUCCGCCCGCGCGACGCUCUCGCAAAGACGCAGGAGCUGCAGCGGCUGCUGGACUCGGAGCAGGGACAGCAGACGGUGCAGCUUGUGCAGCAGCUCAGGCAGAAGCAAAGCCCGCAGGAGGAGCGAGAGGAGCUGCUGCGCGCACGCAAGGAGCGCGCUCAGCGGAGAGGAUGGAGCAAUGGCGCGCAGGCGUAG